AGUGCACAUCUCUUCUCAUAUCAACUUAUCUUCUCUUCACCAUGAUAAACACAUUUCACACUGCUUACAAUCCCCCACCAGUGCCUCCUCGGGCAGGAUACAGCAGACCCCAGCCGCCGGGCAACACACCUUUAGUCAAGUUUUUGUCUGUGAUGCUACUGCUUUUAAUUAUACUGUCCUUCGGAGGAUUUCUCUUCUUGUUCCAGAAACUAAACGUGCAGCUUCAGGCACAAUACAACAAAGACAUGAUGAUCCAAGACAGACAACAGGUUUCAGAAGGAACUGAAAAAGUGGCUAGGUUAAGUGGAGAGGCAUCUUUCAAAGGACCAGCAGCACACAUGAUUCUUCAGAAUGAACAUACAGCUAAAUCCACAGACAAGAGUUUAUCUAAUAAACUUCACUGGGACCUAGACCACUCAUUCCUGCAGGAUGUCCAGCUCAGCAGUACAAGGGAUACAUUGACCAUUCAACACCCCGGAAUCUAUUUCAUCUAUUCUCAAGUUACCUUCUCCAAACACUCUGACAGGGCAUUAAAACAAGCUAUAAAGAGCAAAGUACCUCAGGGAAGACAAAAUGAAGACAAGGAGAUACUCAAGUCUUUUUGCAGCUUGAACACUAACAAUUCCCAUUUGUGUACUGCCUCACUGUCAGGGGUGUUUCGUCUAAAGAAAGACCAACAGCUCUAUGUUACAGUAACAAACACAUCAUUGGUGAAUAGAGACUCCUGCAGCUUUGGAUUAUUCAAAUUACAGUAAUGAACACUCUGAAAUUGAACUGGUCAAGAGAUGGAUGAUAUGAGACUUUCAGGGGAUUGACUGGAUUAAAGAGGCACUAUAAUUGACCAUGGAUCAGUGUUAUAAAGACAUUUUCCAGUGAAAACCUCUUCUCAAUGACACCAUCACAUCAGAAUCCAAGUUCAGGACAAUUGUUACAGGAAUUGGGGACAAUAUUUCGGUUGUAUUUUUCAUUGCAAAUUAUACCCUGAUGAAUACCAGGAAUAUCAGGUUUUACAAUCUUGAAUGCUAAUGUUGUCAAUUAUUUAUUGCUUUUAUUAUUAUUCUUUAAUAUUCCUUCUCAUUGUUUGCUUUUCUUACCUUUUCUGAUUUUCUUUUUAAUACCAAUAUUGAUAAUAAAGUAUUGAUCAUAUUUAUUCAGGUAUU